AUGUAUUUCAUAGGGUGCAAAUUCAAAUUCCUGCAAGAGUUCCGGCGGUUAAGGAUGGUGCUGACCUGGUCCUGGCGCAGGUAUCUAGACAGGGUGGCCCCUCUGCAGCUCCACCAGUUGCAAUGUGGAGAUGCUGGCCCAGUUUUGUCUGCAGGGAGGAUCGCCUCACCGGCCACUCAUUCAGGAGAGCUGCCCCAGCCCCACCAGUCGCUCACUCAGGAGAGCUGCCCAGGCCCCACCAGUCGCUCACUCAGGAGAGCUGCCCCGGCCCCUCCGGUCACCACUCAGGAGAACUGCCCGGGCCUCUCCAGUCACUCACUCAGGAGAAUUGCCACGGUCCCACCAGUCGCUCACUCAGGAGAGCUGCCCGGGCCCUCCAGUCACUCACUCAGGAGAAUUGCCACGGUCCCACCAGUCGCUCACUCAGGAGAGCUGCCCGGGCCCCUCCGGUCACUCACUCAGAAGAAUUGUCCGGGCCUCACCGGUCGCUCACUCAGGAGAGCUGCCCCGGCCCCUCCGGUCACCACUCAGGAGAAUUGCCACAGUCCCACCGGUCGCUCACUCAGGAGAGGUGCCCGGGCCCCACCGGUCGCUCACUCAGGAGAGCUGCCCCGGCCCCUCCGGUCGCUCACUCAGGAGAAUUGUCCGGGCCUCACCGGUCUCUCACUCAGGAGAGCUGCCCCGGCCCCUCCGGUCACCACUCAGGAGAAUUGCCACAGUCCCACCGGUCGCUCACUCAGGAGAGGUGCCCGGGCCCCACCGGUCGCUCACUCAGGAGAGCUGCCCCGGCCCCUCCGGUCGCUCACUCAGGAGAAUUGCCACAGUCCCACCGGUCGCUCACUCAGGAGAGCUGCCCCGGCCCCUCCGGUCGCUCACUCAGGAGAGGUGCCCGGGCCCCACCGGUCGCUCACUCAGGAGAGCUGCCCGGGCCCCUCCGGUCACUCAGGAGAAUUGCCACAGUCCCACCCCAGUCGCUCACUCACGAGGGCUGCGCUAGUCAUGCACUGUUUUCUGACAGCGUUGAACCCACUCUCCAGAGCAUCCAGUCAUUUACAGAGCUACUGGAAGAGACACCAUUUUAAAUGGAUUCUUCAUCCCACAGGCAGUGGUUACUUGGAUGGAAUAUUGUGGGGUUCCUCUUUCCUGGCACAUUUGGAAAUCUUUGAAAUACAGAACAUAACCACGAACUAGAAAAUUAACAGGAAAUACAUACUGCUUCCCAAAUACAUCAAACAUGGAGUGAGUUCCUUGCAGUGGAUACUGACGAUUCCUGGGCAAUCUCUAUUGCAGGCCUGCUGUGUCGCCCACGGUCGGCAUUUCACCCUUUCCUGAAGUAGCCAUGCGAGAACUGGAGAUACCUUCAGUGCCUGCUGGAGGGGCCUAACCCAGAAAGGGCAACAGUGUGGUCCUCCCUUGUUCAGAGUGGGCUCAAGUCCAUAUGUGACUUCAAAAGAUGCUGCAAAACCAUGGAGUGAAGCUAAAAGUAACAACGCAAGCACAAGACUUCAGCUAAAAAAUGAAAAGAAAGAAAUGGAAGCACAACGCUGCUUCAGCCUGUUUUAGUUUGGGCAAGGAAUAUCAUUAAUCAGUCCCUCAAGACAUCUUAGCUGUUGGUAAGAAAAUAACAGCUUUCAUAAACAAACUUAUCUACAAGGAGAGAAAUGUAAAGCCAGAGGCUGGGAGCGUCGUUCAAUGAUUCCGUUGCUGAGGAGAGCAUGUGACCUGGGACAGACAGCCACAGCAGAAAGGCAGGAAAGAGAAGAAAAUCUGUGGUGGCUGGGAGGAGAGGUUUGCUGAGAGCCUUGCCACCAGGACACCCUGGCCUCAUGGAAAGAUCAGGAACAACAUGGAGUUCACCUUCUCCACUUUGGUCAUACAUUGUAUUAAGGGUUCUCACCAUCACAGCACAUCAAAAUUGUGUUUUGACUUUUGGCAUGCCUUCUCAUCUUCAGCUGAAAGCUAAACAUGAUGUAUUCAGCAGAAGGCACUGAGGGGGCCUGCACACAUCUGUGGCUGUGACCUUCACAAAUGAUCCUCAAGGUACUGCCCCCUGAGACAGGAAGGCUAAGAGGCUGGAGCCAAGUGAUUUUCCCUCCCCCCAGGUCAGAUGUGCUGGUGAAGGCCUUGCCCUUGCAGAGUGGGUCUGUAGGGAGAAAGCUCUAGCUGAAUUCACAGUCACCUUCCCUCCCCUCACCACACUGGAGGGGAUCCGUCUCCCGUCUUCACCAUAGGAACUUGGUGGUGCUCCUGGAAAGAGAACCCAUGAAACUGAGGCAGCCAGCAGACCAGACAUCUGGGAGCCCUCAGUCCGCAGCCAGCCCCAGCCUCUGUCAAUGCCUCCAUGGCCCCAUGUGGGGUCCUGACCCAUUUCUGGCUCCAGCAGCUGCUCUUCCGGAAGCCAUCAUUCUCUGUAUCUGCCUGUUUCUCCGGUUUUGGGUCACCAGUUUGCCCUGUGACCACAACUCUCUGUUGUGAUCUAAGAAAAAUCACUGUUUUCUGUUUUUUGCCUUUUUAUGGUGAGGGAGACAGAAACGACUUCCAAGCUCUUUCACAUGUUGGAAUGGAAACCAGAGGUCUCCAGAAUGGUCACACUGGGAAAGGUAUGGCAGGCUCUCAAAGUUCAAAAUCAGCAUUUACAGGAAUUCGCCCAGGAGAAUGAAAACAUGUCACCACAGAGACUUGCACACAAGUGUUCAUACCAGCUUUAUUUGAAAUAGCCAAAAACUGGAAACAAUCUAAAUGUCCAUCGGCAGGUAAACAGAUGAAUGUGGUUUAUCCACAUGACAAAAUCCUACUCACAAUGAGAAGAAAUAGAUUGGGAUAUGCAAUAAAAUUAAUCUUUCAAAAUAAUUUUUCUAAGUGAAAGAAACCAAAAAAUACAUACUGUAUAACUGCAUUUAUACAAAAUUAUAGAAAAUGCAAAUUAAUCUCUAGUGACAGAAGGUAGACCAGUGUUUCCCCAAGGGUGGAGUGGGGGUGAAGAGGGGCAGUGCAGGGAACAGGGAAGGGCCCGGGUGACUUCCCUGGGGGAUUGUGCAUGAUUUCGGUUGUGGGGAUGAUUUCAUGGUAAAUGCCUGUCAAAGGAAAUCACGUUUUAUACCUUAAAUAUGUCUGGUGUGUUGUCUGUUACACCAGAAUACCAGAACAAAGCUGUUUCAAAAGAGAGGAAAACUAAAAUUAGCUCCUUCAGACAGGGAGUGGUCAGAGAACAUACACAAUUAAUUUUAUUACUGAAAAAGAAAGAAAAUAAAGUUUAUCAGUAGAACGUUUUUGUAUUAUGGAGCUAGAAAACUCCAUAAUACUUCAGGAGCUAUAAAACUUUUGUAAUGCAUAUGCAUUAUAGAAAAUGAUUAUAUGUUUAGCCAAUAUUCUAGAACUUAUCCACCUAUGCAAUGAAAUGCUGUUUUCCCAAAACACAGACUGAAAAUAAAAAUUUUUAUUCCAAUAUGUGGCCAUUGCUCAAUAACCAUUUUUGGACUGUCUCCUGGAUUUGAAAUGAUUUUCAGUCCCAGUUUAUGAGCAACAUUAGAAAACUACUUUUAUUGUUUUAUGAUCACACCUGGCAAAUGAAAUCCUUAUUACAUUUCCUACUUUAAAGCUGGGAUUUCUAAAAUGUAUUUGAAAGCAGCCCAGUUUUGACACAGUGUAACACACUGCCUUUCAACAACUUCCUCAGUGACCAUUUUCUCAAGGACAUUAUCUUGGAGCAAAAUUGGCUUUGUGUUUCCUCCUAUGAAAUGUGCACACUGCCUGAAUAUCAGAUAGCUUAG